AUGCGUUGGGUUGCUGGACUUCUGGCACUAGUGCUAGCCUGUUCGGCAUCGACAAUCCGGUUCACGGCAGUGCCACGCUCGGUCCAACUGCCGGAACAAGGAUCGAUCCUUUCCUCUGAAAUCCCAACCCUCAACGAGCAGCUUCUUGGACUUUCCACGAAGCCCGUAUCGACUCUCCCAGUGACUACAUCACUCUUCGCACCCACUCGGGCUUUGGCUAUCGUAAAUGUCGCCGAUCUCGACCUGAUCAACGCCAAGGGACCGAGCUAUUCCGUUGAAGUUGACGGUUACAACUACGAGUCGCUUGAGCAGGCCCUUGCUCUGACUUUCGGCGCUGACCGUGAAUCUGUUCAGAUCAACAAGGAUGGUGCCACUGGCUCACAGAUGGCCCAAGAAAUCACCAGCGCCAAGGUUGAUGACGCUCAGGUGAAGACCAAGUCUGAGCCCCUUCGCGAUGAGCUCCUCGAAGUCUACAAGCUUGUCGCUGCCCUCAAGUCCCAAGGGGCAAAGUUGACCAAGUCGAACUCCCCUGACAUCUACCAAAUUACUAUCACUGGUCUGUCGAACCUUGUCGAUAGUGCUGAUCGCAAUGCCGCCAUUGUUGAGGUUCAGAAUGCCGUCAAGGCCUUAACCGAUGCCAUGGUUGAGGUUUACGGAGGUCAAGCUGUCGUGGAGGUGAUCGCCAACUCUACUCCCAUCCAAGAGAAGAGCAGCGCUUCAGCCCACAAUAUUGUUAAGCGUGCGGUCGGUGAUGAUCCGAAGGAGAAGGAUCCGUUUACGCUACUGCGUCAGCAAUACAAUGUCUCUGUGGCGGUGAGCAGCGAUUAUGCCGCUAUUUUCGCGAUUUUCGCCGGAAUCUCGAUCUUCCUCGCUCUCUUCGUACUUUACAUCGCUGUUGGUAUCUGGAAUAUGGACCCAGGCAGAGACUCGAUCAUCUAUAGGAUGACUACCACCAGAAUGAAGAAGGAU